GUUUUUUUUUUAUAAAAAACUAAUAAUUAUCAAAUGCAACUCAUAAUUAAUUAAAAACUUUAAUUGAAAAUAUUUUAUUCAAUUCAAAAGAAAACAUACGUUUGUUAGAAUAGGGAAAUUGUUCAUUUAAUUAUUUUAAGAAUUUAUUUAAAUAAAUACUGGUUAAAAUAUUGAUUAAUAUUUGUAUUACUCUGACAACAGUGAAGUAUAAUCUAAGUUGUAUAAUCUAAAGUCUAAUCCAUUUAGUGUCUGUGAGUAAAUGAAUUUGUGUUUACGUACGUAAACUUCUUGUAUAGUUUUCUAAAUUAUCGUAAAUUGUACUCAGUUUUGAGAUUACUCCAGUGAUCAUUAGGUUUUAUCCAUAAUGCCAAACAUGGAAAACGGAGAAUGUGACCAAGAUGAAUCGUUAGCGUCGAACUCACAGGCAAAAAAUAUUUCUAGCGAACAUAAUUCAGUUGAUUCAAACACUGACUAUUCUAACGGCAAAAGAAAAGUAAACGAUGACGAUGAAACUACAGCUUUAAAUUCAUCGCCGAAGAAAUUAGCAACUGGAAAGUAUAUAAUUGAUUCAAGUGGUGGCCAUUCAAGUUCUAAAAGAAAAAUUAGCGAUAACAAUGAAUAUCAAAGAGCUGAAAAAAAAACAUGUUGGGAUCAUCAAAGUAAUGUUAACUCAACCGCUUUUAGUUCAGUUUUAAGCAAUUCAUAAAAAUAAUAUUGUCAAGAAAACGGC